AUGAAGUUAGUUGACUACGGUGAUACACUUGAAGUGCUUGAAGACAGCCCGUCUUUCAAGUCAACAAAACUCCUCACGUCAGCGCAUAAUGGCCAGACUAAUUUACCAGACAAGACACUGCCAUUUCUCAAACGAACCGCAAGCGUCGUCAGAACUCCAAAGAAUCCCACCAUUACCCAGCUAGCUCGCAAAGCGGCCAGUAUUAUUGCUAAAAGCAGGCCAAUGCAGUCGAGAAAAGCGAAUCUCGACUUACUUGAAGCACACGAUGAGAUAGACCGAGCACAAGAGAAGUUGAUUCUAGACGACGAUCCAGAAACUAAUUUUCUACUAAAAAACUGGAGAACACACAACGUUAACUCUUAUAGGAUUCCGUGCUGGCUAAACCAUUACAUCACAAACUUCGACUUUUGGAUGCGGAUAUUGAGAGUUCGGUUUAUAUGUUCUAG